AUGGCAUCAGCGGGAGAGAAAAGAUUGUUGCAGUUGAAUGAGCUAAAGGAGCUCAGGAAUGAGGCAUAUGAGAAUGCCAAAAUUUACGAGGAACGGACUAAGAUGUGGCAUGAGAAGAACCUGGUUCGGAAGGAAUUUCAACCGGGUCAGCAAGUAUUACUAUUUAAUUCAAGGUUGAAAUUGUUUCCAGGCAAGCUAAAAUCGAGGUGGUCCGGACCUUACACUGUUGUUAAAGUAUUCCCUUAUGGCUCAGUUGAGGUAGCUAGUGAGAAGACUGGUAAUUUUAAGGUGAAUGGACAAAGAUUGAAGCCCUACUUGGGUGGUCAUUUUGAGCAGGCCAAAUCUGUCAUCCUCUUGUCGUCGCAUUGA